UAGCAGGGCUGCUGUCUGGAGGUUCUUGCUUUCCUCUGCCUGCCACGCAGCAGCUGUUAUCUGUCCUUUUUGCAAUUCGUCUCGUGUGCUUCCUGUCACUUCCUUCGCCUUCCUCUACCCCGCCGCACUUCGCUUUCCUGACCUGACGUUGUGGGCGGCGUGACGGGCUGUCUGUGAGCUGCCAUCACCAUGGCUCGUGUCUACGCCGAUGUCAACGAGCAUAUGCCUCGUUCCUACUGGGACUACGAUAGUGUCAAUAUUUCCUGGGGCGUGCUUGAAAAUUAUGAGGUCGUUCGCAAAAUAGGUCGCGGGAAGUAUUCUGAGGUGUUCGAGGGUAUCAAUGUUGUGAACUACCAGAAAUGCGUCAUCAAGGUUCUCAAGCCUGUCAAGAAGAAGAAGAUUAAGCGUGAGAUCAAGAUUCUCCAGAAUCUCGCUGGCGGCCCCAAUGUCGUUGCCUUGCUGGACGUUGUGCGCGACAGCCAGAGCAAGACUCCCAGUCUGGUCUUCGAGUACGUCAACAACACCGAUUUCCGCACGCUUUACCCUCGUUUCACCGACUACGAUGUCCGGUUCUACAUUUUCGAGCUCUUGAAGGCCUUGGAUUUCUGCCACAGCAAGGGUAUCAUGCACCGUGAUGUUAAACCUCACAAUGUCAUGAUCGACCAUGAGAAGCGCAAGCUCCGUUUGAUCGACUGGGGUCUUGCCGAAUUCUACCACAAGGGCACCGAGUACAAUGUCCGCGUCGCAUCGAGAUACUUCAAGGGACCCGAGCUUCUUGUUGAUUUCCAGGAGUAUGACUAUUCGCUCGAUAUGUGGUCCCUUGGAGCCAUGUUCGCGUCCAUGAUAUUCAGAAAGGAGCCGUUCUUCCAUGGAAACAGUAAUUCUGAUCAAUUGGUCAAGAUUGCCAAGGUCUUGGGAACUGAAGAGCUCUUUGAGUAUCUCGACAAGUACGACAUUGAGCUGGAUCCGCAGUAUGACGAGAUUCUCUCACGCUUCCCCAAGAAAACUUGGCACUCAUUUGUGAACGCCGAGAACCAGCGAUUUGUCAGCGAUGAGGCCAUCGAUUUCCUUGACAAGCUGCUUCGCUAUGAUCAUGCGGAACGUCUCACUGCCCAAGAGGCGAUGGCUCAUCCUUAUUUUGCUCCGGUUCGCGCUAAUGAGGCGCAAGCUGCGCGCAACAACGCCUCCCAGUCCUGAAUUUCAGAGAGACGUGCCUGGCUUCAUUUCCGAUUUCCUCACACCGGCCUUUUGUCCCACUGUUUGUUGUGCUUGAACCCGUCCCCACGACAUUCCGUUUGCCACCGGUUUGCUCGAACUCGAAACUGCUUGUCAACACCAGUGAGACGAUGUGCACGGAAGAAAAGACCAGCGGCUUGAUAUUUUCCCACACUUGUCGGGGACUAACCAGGUUGUUUUUCGCGACAUGUUUACAGACACGCAAUAGAGAUGACGAUGACUACGACAGAUGACACCCCUAAUCGGUUAGGAGAUGACCCUACCUUACUCCCAUCCUUCUCUACGAAUAAAACCCACAUUCAUCUCUGACAAUGUUUCAGAAUGAAGUGAACCCUCCAAUCUUUCUCCCCUUCAAUCUGCGUCAUUGUACAGCCCCCGAUCAUGUUCUCCCCAUCCGCUUCGACGCUCUGCCUCCCCUGGUGACCUGUCGCAUUUGGUGUUUAUGGAUGUUCUCUUUCCCU